UGGGUAGAGUAGUCAUUGAUCAAAUUGUAUAAUUCUUCUUCUUUCUUUUUUUUAUUAUUAUUUUAAUUGUAUAAAUAUUACUUAAAAGUCACGCUAACGACAGGUUGCAUUAUGGUUAAAGAAAUUAUUAAAUAUAGGGCUAAUUCAUGACCUGUCACUUUCACUUCCGGAAGUAGCCAGUUUCAGCUCUAUGGCAACGUCACCCGUGUUGCGUAUGCGCGUGCGCUUUUUUCCGCCUGUCUACGGCGUUUAAUGUUUGUGUGCGUGUGUUUGAGUCUGCUUUACCGAACCGAGUUAGCGCGUUUGUUACGGUUCCGACCCGCUGAGGCGCGCGACAUGGCUGCGGCGGCACCAAACUCGAGCCCGAGCACGAACUCGAAUCCAGGCCGGAGCUCAGGUUCGAGUUCAUGCACGAGCGCGGAGGAGGCGCACCGGCCCGCGGCGGCAGCGGCGGCGGCGGCGGCGGCUCUGGCAAGUGACGGUGAACCCGAGGAUGCCGAGCAAUUCUCUUCAGCGCUGCACUGCUCGGAGCUCGUGCGGCGACAGAACGAGCAGCGGAAGCUAGGACUGUUCUGCGACGUCACGUUAGCGUUUAGUGGCGGCGGAGGAAGAGGAGGAGAAGGAGGAGGAGAAGGUGCGGGCGGUGGGUACGAGCUCGGUGCGCACCGCUCCGUGCUCGCAGCUGCCACUGAUUACUUCACACCGCUGCUCGGGGGUCAGUUCGCGGAGUCCGUGUCGCGGCGCGUGGAGAUGAAGGAGUGGAGCAGCGAGGCGGGGCCCGAGCGCGAGACCGUCGAGAGCGUCGUGCAGUUCAUGUACACCGGAGAGAUCCGCGUCAGCACGAGCAACGUGCACGAGGUUCUGGAGCUCGCGGACAGGUUUCUGCUGGUGCAGCUGAAGGAGUUCUGUGGCGAUUUCCUGAAGCGGAAGCUGAGCUUGGCAAACUGCGUAGCCGUGCACAGCCUGGCGCACAUGUACACGCUAGAUCAGCUGGCGUUACGUGCUGCGGAAAUGAUACGCCGCAACUUCCACAGGGUGAUCCAAGACGACGAGUUCUACACGCUCCCGUUCCACUUGGUGCGUGACUGGCUGAGUGAUGCUGAGAUUACCGUUGACUCAGAGGAGGUUUUAUUUGAUGCUGUUGUCAAGUGGGUGCGUCGGGGCAAUGAGGACAGAGAGAGGCACUUCGAGGAGCUUUUCCGCCUCCUUAGGCUGCCUCAGAUCAAGCCCACUUACCUGACAAGGGUGGUGAAGAAUGAACCGCUCGUGGCGCGGAACGAGGGAUGUCUCAAACUCGUCUCGGAUGCCGUGGAGAGUCACGCUAUCCGUUUUGAGAACCAUAAAAAGUCAUCGUCCGACUCAGAAUUCUGGGCUGCUUUCCAGCCUCGAUUCGGACAAAACAUGGACGUCAUCAUGGUGGUCGGGGGCGUUUCGGAAGGAGGCGACUAUCUGAGCGAGUGUGUUGGGUAUUUCGUGUAUGAAGAUCGUUGGGUGAACCUUCCACACAUCCAUAAUCACCUUGAUGGCCACGCGAUCGCAGUUACGGAUUCGUAUGUCUAUGUCGCAGGAUCGAUGGAGCCUGGAUUCGCCAAAACGGUGGAAAGAUACAACCCGAAUCGCAACACUUGGGAACAAGUGAGCAAUCUCACGACUCGUAAGCACUCAUUCGGAUUGACAUGUGUCAAAAAUAUCCUCUACAGCAUCGGAGGGCACGGGAAUUUCAGCCCAGGAUUUAAGGAUGUAAGUGUUUAUGAACCAGAGCAGGACAAAUGGCACAACCUGGAAUCUGCACCAAAAAUCUUGCGAGACGUUAAAGCGAUUAGUGUCGAAGAUCGAUACGUUUAUGUAACGGCAAGGACACCUGUUGAUACAGACAACGAUGAUGGGCUGAAAACAGUGACAACGCGCUACGACACUGAGAGCCGUCAGUGGCAGGAGGUUGAUUCUUUGCCCCUGAUUGACAAUUAUUGCCUCUUCCAGAUGGCGGUGUCAUCCACUAAUUUUUACCACACCGCGUCCUGCUGCCCGAGAAGUUACACUAAUGUUCGAGAUGAAGUUGCACGGCAGAAAAUUAGUGCUCGAAUCUCAGACGAGAUCCUUGAAAGCCUGCCUCCGGAGGUGACCAGUGUUGAAGGAGCUGCCGUGUGCUUCCUCGGAGACGAUGUGUUUGUCAUUGGCGGCUGGAAAAACAGUGACGACGUGGACAAGCAGUACCGAAAAGAGGCUUACCGGUACUGUGCUGAGAGGAAACGAUGGAUGCUGCUUCCUCCGAUGCCACAGCCUCGUUGCCGGGCGACCGCAUGCCAUGUCCGGAUCCCCUACCGCUUCCUGUAUGGGUGCCAGAGGUAUCCGAUGCCUCAGAAUUUAGCGAGACAGCGUGACCGGAUGCAGCAGAUGCAGCAGCUUCAUCGGCGCACGCUUACCCUGCGCAGGCAGCUGCAGUCCCAGAUUGAAUGCUGAAGUAACAAACAAUUAUGGUGGUGUUUUGUGUCCAAGCUGAAGGUAGAAAGUCCUCCGGGCCGCCCGGUAGUGAUGAGGAGCUGCUAUGAGUUCGUGAAUACUUUUAACAUCUUUUUGGUCCAGCUUUCAUCUUUUCACCGAGGAAACAGAGGUCAGCAACCUUGAUUGUGAUUGUGUUGAAAGUGAUGGUGCCAGAUGCUGGAAAAUGUCCUCCACACCGAGGCACAGAUGAACGAGGAGAGUCCUGCCAUUUUCAGUGUAUUAACAGUUCUGUGUAUAUUUAUUUGGUAACAUUUUGGAUUCUGGGAAUGAAAUGGAAGCCACAGUGAGAGCAUCAUGAGCAGGCUGGACUGUUGCAGUCAGUGAUAAUCGCGUGUUUUUAAUUAGUGCCACUGGGGGGCGACAACAAACGCUGAGCUAUCAAUUACAUUCCACCAUUACGGGUUUCAUGUUGUGUUUCGUGUACAAUAUUUGUCAAGCUUUUUAUGGAAGCCAUCGCUUUAAGAAGCUGAAAAUUCUCUAAAUUUACUCAAGAACCCUUUAGAUUGUUAGGUAACCUCAUAAAAAUCAAUAACAACCUCUAAACAUAGUUAAAUGUCAAGAGAUGGUGAGUUUAAAUCCUGAUGUUGUCACUGUCGUCCACCUUUAUUGAUGUACAGCAUUACUUCGUGCCUGUACCGUGUUUGAUUGGCUGUUUGAAAUAGCAUCACCUCUGUGAAUUUUCAUGCUAAAAAAAAAUGAAAAUGUCCAUGAAGCCCAUGAAAUGCUCUGAUCUAACAGUCAGGCUGUAGCUUUUUCAGUUUCAGCUAAGAAUGUGAGUUUGUGUAUAUUUUAUAAUGUAUAGUGAAACGUUUCAUUGUUUACUCUCUAUUAUUUUCUUGUAUAGUUUUUGUCUGAUGCUCCACCCGGCCAAUAGAGGGCAAUAAAGAGCGAACAACAUUUAGUCAUUACCCAAUACAUGGUGAGCUACGUGUUCAGACCCGACAACCUUUUCACAUUUUGUGUAGAAACACCACGUUUGAACAAGUGAUUUGUGAAGCAGUCUUAUCAAAUCGUCCAGUGUAAUGCUACACGCUAUUCCUCUAAUAGUCAGCAGGUCUGAAUAUUUCAUAUUUAUUUCUUUUUGUUCUUCUUUUUGUACAGGAACGUCCGAUUUCCCCAAGCUCAUGUGUACCGCCCAUAUACGUAGCUGUACAUGGUGUCAGUGAAGCAUCACUUUACCAGCUUCAGCUUUUUGCCUUAAUUUAGCAUCAGAUGAAGAACCAGCAUCAUGGUCUGUAAUGAUCUGCUGCGCACUUGACUUGACUACGAGUGUCCUGUAUCUUAAUUUAUAUCAUCUUAGGAGGGAUGACUAAAAUGUUAGAAUUUAUACCUUUUUUUUUUUUUACUUAAUCAGAUGUCUUGCACUUUGCCACAUUCCUGAUUUGCAUAUUUUUGCUACUCAUUGGGUCCUGCACUUGAAACCUGUAGAGAAUUUUACUUGUCUUCUUGGCGUCUUAAUCAUUAUUGCUGCUAUGGCUGUGUUUCUAUGUGACCUUAUCAAACCUUUUUUGUUUACGUCUCCUCAUUUGUGUCAAUGGCAGUUUCGUUACUUUCAAUUUUCUAUUCACACUUCAGAUGUCACGUGAGCUGGUUUUGUUCCUGUUCUUGCAAAUCACCAUUUUAAAAACCUACCGAUAGAUUUGUGGUAUUUAAGUAACAGACUUAGGUGACAUUACCGUACUCAUUGCUUUCUUUAUUGUCCGCUCUUUAACACAACACAGGUCUGUGAGGAGGAAGUCGGUUGACGUGGCGGAUGCGGUAAUUACAGUACAGAACACAAUUAUGACACACAAUGUUAAACAAUUAUUAUGUCUUACAGCAUUACAUGAGUCAGCUUUUAGGUUCUACCUCACAAUGUGUGUUAGCGGCGGUUUGUGUUACAUUGUUACCUUGAACGCAUCACUGCCACACAAGGAGAAGAAAUCCCCAUUGUCUCAUCAUUCUGAGAUUCAUGUUAUUACAAGAACACAUCUCACUACUGCAAGAAAACAUGUUGUUAUCAGAAAGCAGGUUAUUAUGAGAGAGAGAAAUCUGUUGAGAAAACGUUAUAGUUUUUAUAGUGAUGUGUAGGAGAAUUUCUCAUGAGAAUCCGAUGUUUUCCUGCAGUAAUGCAUUGAUUUUCUUGUGAAAACAUGUUUUGAUUUUUUUUUAAAGCGUAGCGAGCUGUUUCUCUUGUAAUUAAGCUUUAUUGCUGAUAAUAAUGAGAUGCUAACACUCUCACUUUUUCCCCCCCUGUGUAGCAAAACUACACUUUUGUAUGCAAUUCUUGUUCUUGGUUUUCUUUUUUUUUUUUUCAAACUGCACAUGAAUGUGUGAGAAACAGCUUUAUUCUGUUGUACAGAUGUGUUCAUACUCAUCAAAUGAUUAAUUGCUAGUAUCAAUUCCAAGCAAUUGGUCACCUGCUAGUGAUCUGAGUGACUGUAAACACGACAUUCCUUCUGUGUGUCUGAGCGAGUGUGUGCAUGUGGGUGUUGCGGAGGGAGUGUUGCCGAGUGUGUGACAAAGUGAGUGUGUGAGCGGUGCGGAGUGUGUAGUGCACUCACACUACUGUCACUUAAAUAUUUCAUAUAAUUCAUGAGCAUCAAAGAAGUAUUUUUAAUCCAGUCAUUUGAUUUCUGUUUUUUUUUAGCAUCUGAUUUUAAACAGCUGUGAAUUUAUGGAGGUUCUGAUAAAAAAAUAAUAAUAAUAAUGAUGUGACUUGAGAAACUUCUCAGGCAUUUCUUAGUUUUUUUUUCUUCUGUCCUUAAAUCUUAGGCUCGAGAUUUACUGUUUGUUCUUCAGAUUUCAGCACAAAAUGAGUUCAGCGUCUGUAUUUUUUUCCAACAAUAUGACGACUCAACAUGUUAAACGUCUGUGUUCCAACAAAAGCAUUGCCAUUAUGAUUAAAUGAAAUCGAUCACAUGUUAAAUGAGUCAGUGUUACACAGAGAAGCGAGCGAGAGCAGCACUAGCGCCUGAUCAUGUGAUCAUCAAACGGAUGGUGAGAGUAGAUGUAAAAAUGAUUUAUCGCAAAAUCUACCUUUGUGAGCAAAAAUGUACAGAUUGCUGCACCAGUAAAAUGUUUAUACUGAGAUCAAAUGAACAGAAUAGGAACUUGUGACUUCUGAAGAUUUCAGGAGUGUUGCUAUUAUAUAUAUUAAUAAUAAGCAGCUGCAUUUCAGUCCUUCAGAUCGCCAUGUGUUGAUACUGUGAGCUACAGUUGAAAAAAUCAUACGUCAAAUUUCGUUCGAAAUCCUUUUACACUCCAAAUGAAAGAAACUAGCUUAUGGGGACGAUAUUCAGCUUACAGUUCUGGUGCUAAACCACCUUGAAGCGUUUUUGAGAUGUCUGUCUUCUGCUACAGUGAACAAGUCCAAAGAAGUUCCUGCCUGUGUGCAAGAGUGUGUGAGACUGUGACUGAGAAUGUGUGUGUGUGUGUGUGAGAGAGAGAGAGAGAGAGAGAGAGAGAGAGUAUGUAUGUGAGACUGUGUGUGUGUUUGUGUCUGAAGCCAGCCUAAAUGUGCCAGAUAUGUUUAAAAAAAAAAAAAGGGAAAUUGAUCAUGUUGAUGCUUUUGUGAAAUAAUUUAAAGUCUGUAAAGAUCAUAAUCUAUAAUAUAUUGAAGUCUAUAAGUCUCAGUAUAUUGCAUUAUAUAUUUUGCUUUGCAUGUGUUAGCAGGAUUGCACAGCAAGAUGUGGAUUGCAAUAAAAAGAUAAAAAAAUACAAAAAACAUUUGAUUUUCUUGUGUGUGUGUGUGUGUGUGUGUGUGUGUGUGUGUGUGUGUGUGUGUGUGUGUGUGUGUGUGUGUGUGUGUGUGUGUGUGUGAGAGAGAGAGAGAGAGAGAGAGAGAUUUAAUUCAUAUAAUUAACUUUAAGUCCCAGCAGAACCUAAGAGAAAUAGUCUAUUCCCUUGUUUGUUCAAUGAUCCUUCAAUGGACCUGUCCAAAUGGCCCCAGAAAAAACCCCCCAGCUCAUUUGAAAUAAAAACCUGGAGAGAGAGGUACUGCCAAUGAGAUCAUAGUUGCUUCAAUAGGUAAAACUCUUCAACCCGAAAGCCUGAAAUUUGCUCUUACUUUUGGUGUUCAAGAAUUAUAAAUCAUAUUCCAAAAGAAAAAUUCAGUUGGAUUAUAAAAUUUAAUCAGUCUGCUGAUUAUUGUUACUUCCUGUUUCUAUGAGAGACUUACAAAACCAAGACAUCCACUGGCCAUCAUUCCUGACACACUAACUAUACUAUUUGAUUAUGCUUCAAAUUAUGUAAAUUUUCCAUUCGAUUCUAUAUUCUAAAAAUAAGAAAUACACAAAGCUGAUAUCGCACAAUCGCUGUUGGAACAAAACAAAGUUUAAAGUUCGUUUAAAUGACUAUCUAUGCCUUGUAAAGGAGAUUUAAAUCCUUAGUUAACUUCUCAA